UUAAUAUUGAAAUUAAUUAUUUGAAUAAAUUGUCUUUCCUAGUUUUACGCCAAACCACAGAUUAUCGCCAAACUGAUAUAGUGAUAAACAGAAGAAAUAAUCAAGAAAUUUUGAAGUUAUGACAAUUUUGACAACCAACAAUAGGGUUAUCUUAAUUAUAGAUUAGGAAGAAACCGAAAUAAACAUAAUACUAUGUCAGAAGCCCUAGAAUCAAACCAGAAAAGAUGGGGCAAUCUUAGGAAAGUAUUAGAGCGACCGGGUCCUUUCAGUCAUCCAGAAUUUGAACCAUCUUCAGAAAUAUUAGAUUUCAUUAUGACUUCUUGCAAAAUUCUAGUUAUAGGAGCUGGAGGACUAGGCUGUGAACUGUUAAAAGAUUUAGCUUUAAUGGGCUUUAAGAAUAUUCACGUUAUCGAUAUGGAUAUUAUAGACUUAUCAAAUUUAAAUAGACAAUUUUUAUUUAGACACAAAGAUAUUGGCUCAUCAAAAGCAGAGGUAGCAGCUUCUUUCAUAAAUAGAAAAGUGCCUGGAUGUCAAGUAACUCCCCAUUUUAGUAAAAUACAAGACUUUGAUGAAAGUUUUUAUAGACAAUUUCAUAUUAUUGUGUGUGGUUUGGAUUCCAUAGUUGCUAGGAGGUGGAUCAAUGGAAUGUUAAUCUCAUUGCUUAAUUAUGAAGAUGAUGUUCUAGACCAACAGUCAGUUAUACCCAUAGUAGAUGGUGGCACUGAAGGUUUUAAGGGCAAUGCCCGUGUAAUAUUGCCAGGAAUGAGUGCCUGUGUAGAAUGUACUUUAGAUUUAUAUCCUCCCCAAAUUAAUUAUCCUCUUUGCACAAUAGCAAACACUCCUAGGUUACCAGAACACUGUAUUGAAUAUGUUAAAGUAAUUAUGUGGCCAAGGGAAAAUCCUUUUAAUGUACCUUUGGAUGGAGAUGAUGCUCAGCAUAUUACUUGGAUAUAUGAAAAAUCGCUGGAAAGGGCACAUCAGUUUAACAUUCCAGGAAUAACUUAUAGACUUGUGCAAGGUGUUGUCAAGCACAUAAUCCCUGCAGUUGCAUCUACAAAUGCUGUGAUAGCUGGAGUUUGUGCCACUGAGGUAUUCAAAAUUGCAACCAGCUGUUGCGUUCCGUUAAAUAACUACAUGGUUUUCAAUGAUGUCGAUGGAAUAUACACUUACACCUAUGAAGCCGAACGAAAACCGGACUGUCUGGUGUGCUCGCAAACACCACAAGUAAUGGAGAUCAGGGAUCCAAAUUCAAUGAAGUUAAAACAGUUAGUAGAAUUAUUGUCCGAAAGUGCCUCCUAUCAAAUGAAAAGUCCCGGUUUAACCACUUUUAUAGAUGGGAAAAAUAAAACUCUGUAUAUAUCCACAAUUAAAAGCAUUGAAGAGAGGACCAGAGAUAAUUUAAAUAAAAGUUUAGUAGAAUUAGGAUUAAAAGAUGGUCAAGAUAUUUUAGUUGCUGAUGUUACAUCGCCCACAACUUUGAUCAUUAAGCUUAAAUAUUUGGUAGAUGAUGUAGAAAUGAAAUAAAUUGUUUUUUUUUUU